AUGAGUUCCACGGCCUCCUCGGCCACUAGAACCGUCCUCGGCGGCGGCGGCCCGGCCGUGUCCAACGGCUCCGGGUUGCACUCCUUCGCCAUGGGCGGAGAUGGUGCCCCUGCCGGCCGCGGCGGCAGACCCCCGCUGCCACACAUCGAUGACCUUACCUCCACCUCUCCCAACAUCGACAUGAACCUCCCCUUGCGCAAGAUCCUCGAGAUGGGCGACAACGCCAUGCGACAAGCCGAGACCUUUCGCGACUUUGGCCGACCCGACAUGGCCUUCAAGGAGUACAUCAAGGCCUCCCUGAUUGCUGUCAAAUACGUGCCUAUGCACACCGAGUCCGUCUCCGUCAAAGGCGGCCGCGGCGACUUAAAUCGCGUCUAUACCGCUCUGAUGAAGAAGAUCGACUCCCACCAUGGCAACUUUGAAAAGAUCAAGGCCGAUAUCAUCGCCGAUAACCACAGGACCGGCGUCAGGCCCACCGCAUCGAGGCCAUCCUCCAUCCGCAACGGGGAGGCCAUCCGACCCCAGACGCCCCGAAGCCCGCCGGUAACGAGUCCCACCCGAGCCGAGGCCGCCACGCAACUGAACGGGUCGCCGGCCGCCAAACAAAAGCCGGCCGUCCAACCUAAGCCCGUGUCGUUGCAUGGAAAUGCCCUACGUUCUGGCACCGGCGGCCCCAAUCUUCCCAAGAGCAAGGCUGCCGAGGAUUUGGCAGCCCGCUUCGCCAACCUGCGAGGCCCUGUCGCAUUACCGGGCCAGGAUCCGCGGAUUCGAACCCACCCCAUCAUGCCUCCCAGACCGGCAGGUCCGAGGGCUAUGCCAGAGCCGCCCGAGAAGCCAAAAGUGGCCGUCGUCACCAAUCUGCCUGACCUGCCCAAGAUGCCAGAUGCCAUCUAUAGCCCUGCCAGAGGUACCGUCUCCAACGAAGCUGCUUCGCUUCCAUCUAGCACACCCCGAGGUCUGUUCAGCAGGACCGGCUCAUCCGCUUCCAUCAACACCGUUCUUGCCAACAGCAGCAACAACAAGUCUUCCGAAUAUUUCGUUUCUUCUCACACUACCCCCAGCGCCGCGCCCAUCGCCUCAAGGGCCCCCAGCAUUAUGAUACCCGAAGGCGAUUCGAUCACGGCUGAAGGUCUAAUGAAUUAUAUCAAAAGGGGCUCGGCGACGCUGCAAGUCUUAAUCAUCGACGUCCGCAGCCGGGAGGACUUUGACGAGGGUCACAUCCUCUCACAGGCCGUAAUCUGCAUUGAACCCAGCAUUCUUCUGCGCGAGAACAUUUCGUCGGAGCAGAUAGCCGAGAGCAUGGUCCUCUCACCUCCCCAAGAGUAUCACCACUUCGAAAGGAGAGACACUUUCGACCUCGUGGUCUUCCACGACCAGGAUUCCGACUCCAUUCCGCGGUACAUGUCUCCUGACAUGGACGCCGCCGCUUUGCUAUCUCUGCAACGCGCCCUUACAUACUUCAACUACGGCAAGGAGCUGAAGAACCCCCCGAAGCUGCUUCAAGGAGGCCUGGAUGCUUGGACUGAUCUGAUGGGCAGAGGGGCGCUUGCCACCUCGCAGACCGCGGGUGCCAUGCGAGCACCUUUGGCUCGUUCUCCUCUGAAGCCGACCAUCUCGAUAUCCAAGCCGAACAGAAAGUACAAGGUCACGCCGCUGAAACCAGAAGAAGUAAAGCUUUGGGAGGAAACACUGCAGAACGCCGAGCUCGAGACGGCGCGAUCCCCCGGUUUCAUGCACGUGCGCAGUACGGAAGAGUUCCUGCGGAGGUUCCCCGCGGUAUCGGCCGAACAAGAAUCCAUGCAGUCGCCGGUCGGUCCGGAGCAAUCAGCCUAUGGCUAUUCCCAAAACCACGUGGACCUCUACUCCGACCUGCCGUCACCACCUACCCGGCCCGCCCCGGCUGUCCCGCGUCCAAGUUACAGCGGUCUGUCGCAGACACAGGAUGACCACGAGGGGCCUGGCGCCAUCGCCUUCUCCGCCCAGGGCAGAAAUGCGAAGCAGGGCCCCUUGGCGCGCCCCGAUUCUCCUUCGGUCGCGAAUGCCGGCAAAGAUGGUUUGCGCAUCACUGGUCUGAAUAACCCGGGCGUGUGGUGUUAUGCGAACAGCUCCGUACAGGCUCUUCGGAUGUCACCCGGGUUCGGAAAGGAAUUGGCCACGUUUGAAUGGCAAAACAUGUACAAGGUGCCAAAGAAGACGGACGAGAAGAACGACCACCCCCAGCUCAUGUCCCGAAUUCUGUCCAACUUGUUCCAUUGGCUGGACUCUGGCAAGUUUGAUGUCAUGAAGGCGCAGACACUCAUGGUUAGUCUUUUCCUUUCUCACCGCAUGCGCACCGUUUCUAAUCGAAUGCAGGACUACUCCCGAUCAGUCUGUGAAAAGAGCCGUCACAAGGACAGGGGCGAUGAGUUUGGCGGCGGUCGACAACAAGAUGCACACGAGUUCAUCUCAUGGCUCAUGGCGUAUCUCCACGACGAGACUAACGUACGACGCGACCGUAGUAGCACCGACACCCCCGCACCCACUCCCGCGCCGUCCAUGGGAGGCAAGUCAAUGCUUCAGGGCGCGUACGAAUGGUGGGCGCAGUACCAAAAGAAGAACGCGUCCAUGGUCGACAAAUACUGGCGCGGCAUAGAACUCUCGACCGUUGUGUGUGCACAAUGCAAGAACCGCACAUACACAUGGGACACAUUUGACUUCCUUUCAAUACCCGUCAACCGGAACACGCAUACCCUCGAGGACUGCCUCAGGGCGCACCUUGAGACUGAAAACAUCUCGGACUACCAAUGCGACAGUUGCAAAACAAAGGGGCUCGGCAGGAAACAGGCCAGGCUGGCGCGAAUGCCGGAGCUCUUUUGCCUAUGUCUGAAGCGUUUCACGGUCGACAACCACGGGGGGGUAAAGAAGGAUUUGAGUAGAGUCACAUGGGACUUCAACAACUUCAACGUCGAUGAGUUCUUCAUUCCACCAGAAGAGCGGACGGCGGGGUCUGCGCCGGACGGAAAUUUUGAGCUUCCAUUCGACUACGAGUGCUACGCAGUCAUUAUCCAUUCGGGACCGAACAUCAACUCUGGCCAUUACUACGCGUACGCCCGGGAUACACAUAAUCCCGAUCCAACGGUCUGGUACAAGAUCAAUGACUCGUAUGUGAACAGCAUCAGGAUCGACGGGACGGGUCGGACUGGUGACUACAGCGAGAAGGUAUUCAAAAGCAGCGGCGAGGUCCCGUACAUGGUUUUCUUCCGCAGAAAGGGCGGCCGGUCGGCGAGGUGA